CCCAGGCUCUUCAGAUCAUUGUGCAAUAGUUGAGGAUUACCGAUUCAUCAAUCACGCUCUGAGGGUUAUUUCUCGUACGAUUCAAAAUGGAGUUCACCGCCUUCGCAGAACAAAUCCGAUCCGGCCGCACGGCUAAGUUUCCCGCAAACGCGAAUACCUUGGAGUUUGCCCAGCAACUUGACGCCCAGGAUAGUCUCGGACACCUCCGCGACGAGUUCAUCAUUCCAACGAAGGGUUCUUUGAAGAAGAAGUCUCUGAACGGCACGCUCCCUGAUAAACAAAACCUCAAUGGCCACGCCAACGGCGUCAACGGUACCAAUGGCGCCAAUGGCUCGCUAGAGGACGACGAAACGCCCUCAGUCUACUUUUGCGGAAACUCACUUGGAGUUCCGCCCAAAGCGGUGAAAGAGUACAUCCACGCUCAACUGGAGACAUGGGCUUCGAUUGGUGUCAAUGGCCACUUUCAAGGACUUGACAACUCGCCACUGGUUUGCUGGCAAGAUAUGGCUGAGGAUGUCGCCAAAAAGAGUGCGCACAUUGUUGGCGCCUUGCCCGAGGAGGUUGUUAUGAUGAACACCUUGACUGCCAACUUGCAUUUCUUGAUGGCCAGCUUCUACCGGCCGACAGAAAAGAAGCACAAAAUCAUUUUGGAAUGGAGGCCUUUUCCAAGUGACCAUUACGCCAUCGAGUCGCAGAUUCAAUGGCACGGCUUGGACCCAGCCAAGUCUAUGGUCCAGAUCCAACCCGACGAAAACUUCUACAUCUCUACGGAUUUGAUCUUGAAGACUAUUGAUGAGCACGCGGAAGAAACAGCCCUGAUCCUGCUCCCGGGAAUCCAAUACUAUAGCGGACAACUCUUCGACAUGCCUCGCAUCACUGAGUAUGCGCAAUCCAAGGGCAUAGUCGUUGGCUGGGAUCUUGCUCACGCUGCCGGAAACGUUGAGUUGAAGCUCCAUGACUGGAACGUCGACUUUGCCGCGUGGUGCACCUACAAGUACCAAAACGCAGGACCGGGAUCCAUGGCCGGAGCGUUUGUGCACGAACGGCACGGAAAGGUCGACACCAGCGAAGGGAAACCAAAGUUCCGGCACAGGCUCACUGGCUGGUAUGGAGGCGACAAGUCUGUGCGUUUCAACAUGGACAACAACUUUCUCCCUACCGUUGGGGCUGGCGGCUUCCAAGUCUCAAACCCUUCAGCAAUUGACCUGGCAUCGCUUUCAGGCGCUUUGUCGGUUUUCAGCAAGACGAACAUGACCGAGUUGAGAACGAAGUCCCUCGUUCUAACCGCGUACGCAGAGCACUUGCUUGACACCAUCUUGGCAACAGAAGCCGGAGACGAGCCACCAUUUCGAGUGCUGACUCCAAGGAAUGCAAAUGAACGCGGCGCUCAGUUGAGUGUACUCUUGAAGGAUGGUCUGUUGGAGCGUGUUACAGAGUGGUUCGUAGAGGCUGGAAUUGUUUGUGACAAACGGAAACCGGGAGUCAUCCGUGUCGCGCCAGUACCGCUGUACUGUACAUUCCAAGAUGUAUGGAAGUUCAUGGACACCCUUAGAAAGGCGAUUGCCUAAUUAAUGUAGGGGAAGAAGAGCGUCGUCAGUUGUUGAUAGAUAAUGUAUCAUGUAAUGUCAAUGUUCCACCUUUAAGAAAACAUUUGCUUAUAGACCGUUUGAUCUCGUAUGACACAUUGGUAUGCAGCUGGGUCAUGCCUCAGAACCCCUUCCCCCACGUCAAGUCAGGAUUCGCCGCCCGAGACCUGUAUCCUCCCUAUUCAACAUCCUCCACCCAUACGUACUAGGCUGCUGGCGUAAAAGUAGUUGGCAAUACCCCAGGCCCCGAAAACUUUUUCUUAGGGCAGGUGCGCAAAUAGUCGGGAGAGGUGGCUUGUCAUCCUUCCAGUUACCGGGUGCAGAGUCGAAAGCCGUCCUGGCCCGAAGGUGUUUUGCAGUAAUCUACAUUAGAACCAGCGCGACUAUGGCGCCUUGGAAGUCACCUGAAGAGCAUCCUUCUAAGCUAGCUGGCUCUGAUUCAAAUUGGUAACAAAAGGUUGGUACCAGAAAACGAUCUGCAGCAUCGUUGCCGUGUCUUACGAUGCGGAUU